AUGUCCCUCUUCAGUUUCUCUCUCUCAUAAGUGUUUCAUUCACUUGAGAAUUCUCACACAACAAAACUCUCUCUCUCUCUCUCUCUCUACCAGAAGCAGCACCAUUUGUACUUUCAUCUCUCUCUCUCCUCAACUUCCACUUUCCCCACAUCUGGCUCCUCUCCUUCCACGAUCACAUCUAUGGCUGAGGCCACAAAGCACCACCUUCCAACCAUCAAUGGCGGAACUUUGCUCUCAGACCUCAAGAGCCUCUUCUCCAUCCUCAAAACCAGAAGAACUGUGGCUUUUGCUUAUGGGUUCAUGUUUGCCUUUGUUGCCUUCACUGUUUUCUUGGCCUUCAGCCCCUCCCCAAACUCUGGUGCUCCUUGGUUCUCAAACAUCUUCACAAGUUCCAGAACCAGUUCUAGUUCUAGUUCAUUUUUCUCUUUCUUGUUUCCCAAUGGCACUUCAUCUCCACAGCAACAAAAUCAAACCGUUGCUUUUGCUCCACAAACAGAGCCCUCUAGAUCUAUUAGCACCGCCGCCGCACAAGCUCCUUCUGUGAAUAAACAGCCACCUCUUGUGAAAAACCAAACUCAACCCACAAUUUUGAACCCAAAUCAGACAUCAAUCGCACCGCCUAAACCUCUAGUUACACCCAAGAAUACUACUAGUAAGCCUGAACCAACCACCCUUGUGAAGAACCAAACUGAAAGCACCCAGAAUUCUGAUAAAGCCGCAGUUUUUAAGGCCAAUCAGACCGCAAUUGCCGCCCCGAAAACCCCGGUGGCGGCCGCGGGGAAUAAAAGCUCGAAUUCGGCACCGCAAUCGGGUUUUCCGGAGAAGAGUGUUGCACAGAAGGGAGUGGAAUCGAAUUAUACUGCUUCUGUGUUGAAGAAACGGAACAAUGAAACAAAUUCUGGUGUGUCGGUGAAGCAGGGGAAGCAGGGGAAGCAGGGGAAUGAUGAUUUGAUGAAGUCUUUGAUGAAUUGUGAUAUAUUACAUGGGGAAUGGGUGAAGGAUGAUUCAUACCCUCUAUACAAACCCGGGUCUUGUCCUCUGAUUGAUGAGCAAUUCAAUUGCAUUCUUAAUGGUAGGCCUGAUAAGGAUUUUCAGAAAUUCAAAUGGAAGCCUAAGGAUUGCACUCUGCCAAGGUUGGAUGGAAGUCAUAUGUUGGAGUUGUUGCGAGGAAAGCGCCUGGUAUUCGUUGGUGAUUCGCUGAACAGGAAUAUGUGGGAGUCUCUGGUUUGCAUCCUGAGAAACUCGGCCAAAGAUAAAAGCAAGGUCUUUGAAGCAAACGGAAGAACCCAUUUUCGUGGCGAAGCUUCAUACUCCUUCAUAUUCAAAGACUAUAACUGCACGGUGGAGUUCUUUGUGUCUCCCUUCUUAGUUCGAGAAUGGGAAAUGCCAGAAAAAGACGGAUCAAAGAGAGAGACACUUCGUCUCGACUUAGUAGGGAGAUCUUCUGAUCUAUAUAAAGAUGCAGAUGUCGUCAUCUUCAACACUGGACACUGGUGGACUCAUGAGAAAACCUCCAAAGGGAAAGACUAUUACCAAGAAGGUAGCCAUGUUUAUGGUGAACUGAAUGUUCUUGAGGCAUUUCGGAAAGCUUUAACUACAUGGGCCAGAUGGGUUGAUACCAAAAUUAAUCCAAGGAAAAGUAUCGUCUUCUUUCGUGGUUAUUCUGCUUCCCAUUUCAGCGGUGGGCAAUGGAAUUCUGGUGGCCAAUGUGACAGUGAGACUCUUCCCAUCUCCAACGAGACGUAUCUGAGGCCAUACCCCCCUAAGAUGCUAGUACUGGAGAAGGUGUUGAGAAACAUGAAAACCCAUGUCACCUAUCUCAACAUCACAAGAAUGACCGAUUUCCGGAAGGAUGGUCACCCAUCAAUCUACCGGAAGCAACACCUGUCCAAUGCAGAGAGGAGAUCACCAAAGAGCUUCCAGGAUUGCAGCCAUUGGUGCCUUCCUGGUGUUCCUGAUGCAUGGAAUGAGGUUCUCUACGCCGAGCUCCUAGUAAAACUGUACCAGAAUCGGCAGCAGCAACUGCAACAGCAGAAGAGAGCGUAGGUAAAAAAAAAGGUUACACAAAACCUAAAAUUCCACAUUCAUACACACUCAAAUUUCGAGUCAAAAUCACACUAAGCAGUAUACUUUCUCUUUUUCCCCACCCUUUUUUUCGACGUUAUCGAUAUAAAAGCAGUGAAGCAAAGAUCCGAGAGGAAGAGUGCUUAUGCUACAAGUUAUGUGUUUGUUUAUAUGAGGAAAGAGUGAAACGAGGAGGGAGGGAUUUUAGUGAAAUUUUCACUUGUAAAUUUCUUCUCCUCCUUUACCACAUCUUAUUCUUUUAGCCCCAAAUGAAAGGCUUUGAGAAUUGUAAAUGUCUAAAUUCUAAUUAUUUAGUUUGUUUUAUUUAAAUAAA